AUGCCGCCACUACCGCGGCCUUCCUCUGGCCCUGAGGUCCUCAGUGUCUAUGCCACAGAAAACGAGGAGGAGAUUGGCAUCCGCACCCUUGUUGGGGAGUAUGUGGAGAAGGGGACGAGCUACGGGAGGAAGUGCUACCAGAAGACGCAGCUCAGACCAGAGGAGAUGGAUGUGUUCAUCUUCUACUGGGAGGAUCCGGACUCUGUCGAGUUCACGGGCUGGUGGUUCGGUGAUGAGGUCGGGGGGACCCAGGCUUGGUCGCGCAACCCGGCAACAUCGCAGAGGCCGCCGAAGACCGGCUGGACCAUACCCUGGGAUGGUGAGGUCCGGAACGAACUGUGCGUCUCCAGCAAGAUGGAGAAGCAGAGUGAGGAGAAAAAGCAAGCCUUGGCACGAAUGCAGGCCAGAAGGCAAGAGGAGGAUGCGAGACUCAAUUCUUCCCUGGAGACGCAGUGGGAGCAGCGAGUGGAGCAGGCCACCGAGAAGUGCGCCGAAGUGGAGCUUGACGCCCGGCAGGCGCUGGAGAUGGCCGCCGCGGUGCCGGACGACGACGUCGACGCGUGCAAAGAGGCCCUGGCCGCGCUGUCAGCACAACAGAGAGCGUUAGCCGAAGUGCAGCGCUUCGUCGCAGCCGAAGGUGUCGCAGCCGCGAAGGCUCCGCCGAUCCUGAAGAAAGACCUGCUGGAGCGCGCGUGCCAUGAUGACAGCAGAGUAUGCACCAGCAGCACCCCAGCAGCUUGUUGA